AUGUCUCAUUGUGAUAACGAGAAUGCAAAGUUGAUUAAGGGGGUUGUUGGGUUAGAUCCCUGGUUAGAGCCGUUUUCACAACUGUUGAUUAAGCGACAAUUGCAAUUGAAAGAGUGGGACACCAAGUUGGACGCUAGUGAAGGGUCGUUGUUGAAUUUUGCCGAGUCUUACAAGUCAUAUGGUUUGCAUGCUAUUGAUAACGGAGUUGAGAUAUUAGAGUAUAUUCCAAAUGUCGAACAGGUGAGUCUUGUUGGAGAGUUCAAUAACUGGAACUUGGAGACUCACGCAUUGACUAAAAUGGACUCUUUUGGCAAGUGGCACUUGAAAAUUGACGGUGAAGGUGUUAUUCCUCACAAUUCAAAGUAUAAGAUUGCUAUGAAGUUACCUACGGGAGAAUGGAUAUACAGAUUAGACCCAUGGGUCAAGAGGGCUACCUAUAACAAGGAAACCAACUUGUACGAGGGCAGAUUCUGGAAUCCACCCAAGAAUGAAGUUUACCAGUUCAAAAAUAAAAGACCGAGAUUAUCGCAAGGUAUUAAAGUAUAUGAAGCACAUGUAGGAAUAUCAACACCCGAACCCAAGAUUGGCACUUAUAAGAAUUUCACAACCAAGGUAUUACCCAUGAUUCAUAAGUUGGGGUACAAUACUAUUCAAUUGAUGGCGGUUAUGGAGCACGCUUAUUAUGCAUCCUUUGGAUAUCAAGUUACUAGUUUUUUUGCAAUUAGUUCAAGGUUUGGAACUCCUGAGGAGUUGAAAGAGUUGAUUGAUACCGCUCACGGGUAUGGAAUACGUGUGCUUUUGGAUGUUGUUCACUCGCAUAGUUCGAAAAAUGUUGAAGAUGGAUUAAACAUGUUUAAUGGAACUGACCAUUACCUUUUCCAUGGUGGUGCCAAGGGACAACAUGAGUUGUGGGACUCUAGAUUAUUCAAUUAUAAUUGCUAUGAAACAUUAAGGUUUCUUUUAUCAAACUUGAGAUUUUUUAUCGAUGUUUAUCAAUUUGAUGGAUUUAGGUUCGAUGGUGUUACUUCGAUGUUGUACAAGCAUCAUGGAUUGGGAUUUGGCUUUAGUGGUGACUAUAAUGAAUACUUUAAUGAAGAUUGGGUUGACAAUGAAGCUAUUGUCUAUCUCAUGUUGGCAAAUAAACUAAUGGACGAUAUAUCUCAGCAACAAAGUAUAGAAAUUACAACUAUUGCUGAGGAUGUUUCAGGUAUGCCAACAUUGUGCUGUCCUAUUAGUGAUGGAGGUAUUGGAUUUGAUUAUAGAUUAUCAAUGGCGAUCCCCGAUAUGUGGAUAAAGAUUUUGAAACAUUUACAAGAUGAACAAUGGGAUUUGGGUAAUAUAGUACACACAUUGACCAAUCGUCGUCAUGGUGAGAAAUGUAUAAGUUAUUGUGAAUCUCACGACCAGGCUUUGGUAGGUGAUAAGACGUUGGCAUUUUGGCUUAUGGAUAAAGAGAUGUAUACACACAUGUCGAAAUUGUCCGAAUUGACACCAAUUAUUGAUCGUGGAAUGGCAUUGCAUAAAAUGAUCAGAUUGAUUACUUUUGCAUUGGGCGGUGAAGGAUACUUGAAUUUCGAAGGGAACGAAUUUGGACACCCCGAAUGGUUGGACUUUCCUCGUGUUGGAAACAAGGAAUCUUAUCACUAUGCAAGAAGACAAUUUAAUCUCAUUGAGGAUGAUUUGUUGAGAUACAAGUAUUUGUUUGAAUUUGACUCGGCAAUGCAACAUUUGGACGUAUUGGACUCACCACAAGCUUAUGUUUCAUUGAAGCAUGAGCUGGACAAGGUUUUAGUUUUUGAGAGAAAUGGACUUUUGUUUAUCUUCAACUUCAACCCUACGCAAUCAUUUCCUGACUACAAGGUUGGUGUUGAUGUCCCAGGUACAUAUGAAAUCAUCUUGAAUACUGAUGACGAGAAAUUUGGUGGACAUGGAAGAAUUGAAGAUUCAAAGAAUGGAGAAAAGCAAAAGUUUUUUACAAACAAUGAUGGAUGGAACAACCGUGCCAACUCGUUGAUGGUUUAUAUACCCAGCAGAACCGCGUUGGUGUUGAAAAAAGUAGAAUAA